UGCAGAAUAAAUGUCGAGAUCGAGAUCGAUCAGCCGGACCGGUUGGCCUGUCGAUCAAGAAUCCCCAAAGCCUCUCGCUAAGCAAACGUAUUCACAAACGCUAAGCAACAAGAAUGUCGCCGACCGGCCGCCUGUCCUGACUUAUGUGUAGAAGCAGUAGAUAGUACGUGCCACGAUCGAGCCGCGCCAUACCAUCGAGUUAAUUCCUUCCUAUUAUAAAUCCUCCACAUUUCGCCGUUCCAAGCCACGCAAUGACUUUGUUAAUCCUUCCACGCACGCCAUGCUUCUACUCCUCUUCUCCCGCUAGUUAAGCCCAGCAGCGACCCAAGAGAUUAGAACGUCUCCAUGGUGGAUGAAGCAGAGGGAUCAUCGGCCAGGUAGAAGCGAACGCCAGCUCUCAAUGGUGGUGCACGUGGCGCUGCUCGCGGUGCCUGCCGCGGCGGGGAUCAUGCACGCGUUCCAGUUCUCGAUCCUGGUGUGGCCAUUCAACCUGGUGCUGCCGCUGCUGCGGCAGCUGCCGCGAUGCUGCGCCACGCUCCGGGCUGCCGGGGAAUACUACGACGCCGAGCUCUGCGCGUACCUCGCGGGCCGAAGCCGGAGGGCGCAGGAGCAGGGCUCCUCUGCUGCCUCCCUGCGCCGCGUGCAGAGACGGCCGGCGGAGGAGCUCGUCGCGCACGCCAUGGUCGCGCUCAUCGACAUCUCCUACUGAUGAUUUAUGUCGUCGCGCUCAUCGACAUCUCCUACUGAUGAUUUAUGUCGCAUUGGCAGCUGGUGGGUGCUUGUUGGGUUGGUCAGUCAGGUUUCGUCUCUGCAUAGGCUAGUUCGUUCGCCAUCUUCGUUCCAGCUUGCACAUAGGCACAUUAUGGCUCUCUUGCAUUUUUUUUUUCACACCGCAUUGGUCGAUUGGGAAGUUUGUUGUUCUCCUCUUCUUUUGAGGAUAUUUUGUACUCAAAUUUGCCUAAAUAUGGAUGUAUCUUUAUCCAGUGCUUGGUAGUUUUUUUUAGGAAUCUUUUUUCAAAGUGAAGAGUGCAUUUUUUUAGAGGGAGAGCAAGAAAAGAGAGCACGUAUGUUUUGUUCGGUUUUGCUAUAUUUAAGUUGUCUGAUUUUUAGUUAGAGAUUAA